CAAUGCGUUUUCGUGGUAUAAAAGGAACUGAAAUCUGGAGUGACUAUCAUACGUGAUUUGUUGAAUCGAAGUUGCACUUGGAAAACGAAGCAAAAAUUGCGAAUAUUUUAUUUUUGGCGUAAACAACUUCGUUGACUUGAGAAAAUGAUGUUUCCAAUUAUUUUACUGUCGAUUGGUUUAUCAAUCGCAUCGGGAGCGCCCACAAAUGAACCGACCAAAGGAAUCCCCACUUUUGCAUUGAACUUUUACCAGAGCGUUAAAUCAACUCCGGGCAAUAUCAUCAUUUCUCCAUUAUCUGUAGCAAGCGCUCUAGCACUUCUUUCUCAAGCAAGUAAUGGUAAAACCUAUGAUCAAUUGGUAAAAGGAUUGAAUUUGAGCGAUGACAAAACAACCACGGCUAAUCAAUGCCACGAAUACUAUGAAAUGCUUCUAAGAAACGCUGGCAAUGCAGAACUAUCGAUUGCCAAUCAAAUCUACGUGAACCGCGGCUAUGAAAUCAAGCCGGAAUUCCGUGACGUUGCUACCACCAAAUUUAUGUCCGCUGUUGGCUCAUUAAACUUUGGAGAUUCGGUAUCGGCUGCAAAAAAAAUCAAUCACUUUGUGGAUGAGAAAACCAAAGGAAAAAUCAAGGACAUAAUUGCACCGAAUGCGAUUUCAUCAAAUACUCGCGCUAUGUUGGUCAAUGCCAUUUAUUUCAAAGGCCAAUGGGAAAAUCAAUUCAACAAAGCUCUCACCAAGCAAGAACCAUUUUUUACCACCUCAUCUGAAUCAGUUUUGGUUGAUUUCAUGCACAACAAAGGCCGAUUCAACUAUACAACUUUAAAUGAUUUGGACGCGACCGCGAUCGCAAUGAAGUAUGCCAACUCGAGUUUCUCAUUCGUUAUCGUUCUACCAAACAGUCGCACCGGUUUGUCGGCACUUGAAAGCAAAUUAAAGAAUUACGAUUUAUCCAGAAUCACCCACCAAAUGUGUACACGAAAAGUAAAAGUUACAAUUCCAAAAUUCAAAACCGAAUUCGAGAUUAAUUUGAAUGCAGCUCUGCAAAGGAUUGGCAUAACUGAGAUGUUCACAUCUUCAGCCGACUUGACAGGUCUCCUGGUUUCAGAUGAACCAUUACAGAUUUCGGAUGUGUUACACAAAGCUUUCAUCGAAGUCAAUGAAGAAGGUUCUGAAGCUGCAGGUGCUACAGUGAUUGAUGUUGGAGUAACAUCAAUUCAGACGAAAAAAACGCUAAAGUUCCGUGCAGAUCAUCCAUUCGUUUACUUUAUUCGGGAUGACAUUAAGAAUACCAUCCUGUUCAGCGGACGCAUUGUGGAAUUCAAUGGGCAAUAGAAGAAUAAAAUUGAGUCCAAAACUUUGAUCCAAUUAUGAAACGAAAUUUGCUAAUAAAAUCACAUAUUAACCCGAAA